GGUGCUCCCGCCGCCGUCUUCCCCGGCCUGUUCUCGCAGUCUCUAGGGUGGCAUGCCGGGCACCGCCUGCCCGAAGGCAUAGGGCAGAAGCUUGAGACUGCGACAGUCCUGCCGUCUCCCGCCGAGGGCGAGCCCAGGUCCUGGCUGCCUCCCAAUGCCAUCUGAUAGGACUGCCGCCGGCUCAGUGCUGUUUCUGCUGGUGAAAGACAGGAAGAAGGGCCUCAUCGCAAGUCCCAAGACGGUGACAAUUAUCGGAGACUUGAAGGGUUUGCACCGGAAGAUCACCUCAAGGGCCGCAAAACCGCGGUACGUUUUUGCUUUCCAGCUGAAACAGCUCCAUCGCAGACACCACACUUACAUCCUGACCAACAGGUUAAAACCUCUUGAGGGGUUGGAGGAGGAUCUGGGAAGAGAUGGCCGCAGAUUAGGUCUCUUAGUAAUGAUCAUGGGUCUUAUCUACAUGAAAGGUAAUAGCACAGUUGUGAGAGAUGCUGAGUUGGUUGUGGGGUGCUUCCAUCAAAGAAUCUUAUGUGGGUACUCAAAAAGGCUUAUUGUGGAAGGUUCUGUUCAGCAGCGAUGCCUUAGUUACAGGCAGGUGCCUCACACCAAACCGUCGGAAUAUGAAUUCUCUUGUACUCCCCAAAGCAACCUGGAAAUCACCAAGAUGGAAGAAGUGGGGUUCGUGCCCAGGCUUCAGAAGAGUGAACCGCUGUAUUGUCCAGAGCUGAGGCUACAUAGGACCACCCUCCACUAUGGCCACCCCCCCCACCGGUGGUGAGGGUUGGGGAAAGGUGGCCAGUGAGGGCCUAGUGGGCUUGGUAUCUACUGCCUUUGAGUUGUAAGUAAUGUCAUUUCUGAGAAAAUUGGAAGCUUUAGUUUUUAGAUCUUAUAUGUUAGGCUUUGUUACUUUUAAUAUAUUAAAUUGGUAUUUAUAAAUGAGUCUGUUCUUUUUUCUAUGGAAUUUUGUUAUAGUUUUGCUGAUUUUGUAAAACGAGCCGUAAAACUUUGUAUGUUAUUCUGUGGUUCUGAGUGCAUUGUGCAACAUUGUAAUUUCGGUCCUUGACUGGCAUGAAGGGACUCAGCAGGUUGAUAAGGGUGUGUGUGUGUGUGUGUGUGUGUGUGUGUGUGUAAGCUUAUUUGAUGCCCAGCCUCUGACAUUUUUCAUGUUUUAUUACAAAAAAAAAAAAACAGUAUGUACUUCUAUUUACCUAUAUUAUAAUGCUCUAUAAAAAGUGAAAAUACAGUAAAUGAGAAGCAUAUCCUGGUACACUUAAUAAACUUGUUGAACAUUUUA